AUGAAGAGCAUCUAUCCAUCCGGUGAUCUUCCAGAAAAGGAGAUAGCAGUCGUGCUGGUCUCGAAAUUUGACUCCUCUCAUGGAACCACGGAUGAAGUAUCCGGCCUGAAGCGAGUGGAUGUUUUCCAUCCGUUCGACAGUGUCAUUGUAGGAGCAAGGGAGGAGGAAAGGGGUCAUAUUGCCCUGCUCUGUCGUACCUAUUGUGACACCUGGGUGGGUUAUAUUAUUGGCUUGGGGUUUGCAGGCGAGGUACUACGGUAUUCCUGGGGAGGAAAGGAUGUGGGCUUUAUCGGCCUAUCCAGAACCAGCAAAUGUGCUGCUGGUGGACGAUUAAUCUUACAAGAAGCGCCAUUUUCCCUUGCCAAGCCAGUAUACAUUCCAUCGAGUUUAGUCGAUCUGCAGGUCGAUUGAAGGAUUUGCUAGAUCUUGACAAGCGCGAUAACCUCGUUGAUCAUAUAGGUACCCUUAGGCUUAGAGGCUGUAUUGGUGACUCGAUUGAAUUAAGUCCUUUCGCAUGAACAAACGAGCACGGCGUAGAAUCCAUUGGGACUGGCAGCUAUGGUUUGUAUCGUGCAUCUGUCAAUAUCCCGUUCGCAUGUCACCGCCUGCAACAAGAAUCAUGACGUACUUGAUUCGCUCCACUAGGGCCCAGUCCUCGAG